GCGCAGCGAGGUUGCUGUGGUCGACGUCGGAGCUCGCGCCGUUCAGUUAGCGCGGAACGCUCGAGAAGCGAGGAUCGUGCUUGCCUUGGCUGGCUCUCUCGGGUGCUGGUCAGGUAGUUGAGGGGGUGCGCAGAAAGGGAGAGAAGAGGAGAGAGAGAGAGAGAGCGCAAGAGGGUGAAGAAGGGAGACAAUUUUCGCACAUCUUCGCACGCAAAUCCACGUCGGGGCACGCGCUGCUGCGGGACUGUCGCAAAUCGAGAAGAAGAAAGACGGCGGCGAUCGUAGAGGAGCAACACUUUUCGGGCGACGAUCGGGACCCCGGGAGUUUCGGAGCACAGAUGGUGAGAGGAUCGUUACCUGAUAUCGCAGUGACGAUGGCAUCGGGCAGGGAGAUCCAUGGUGCUUUCAGCCUCAUCGUGGACGACGUGGACUCGCACUCGAUCCUCAGCGACGGCUCCGACCUGGACGGUCUGUCGCGCGGAAGCACCUCGCAGAACUCCGUGUCGCAGACGCCGCUGGACAGCCCGGGCGGACCCAGGGAGAGGAUCAAGCAGAUUCAGAUGGAGGCCGAGACGAGACGCGACGAGUUCGCCAGGCUGUUGGAGGAGCACGCGCAGGUGGUGCGCAAGCUGAAGAUGAUGGAGGCGGAGGAGCAGCUGUCGACGACGACGACCGGAAACGUGAUCGACGGCACGCACGCGUGAUUUUACGUGGUCGAGGGAAAAACGGCGCCGAGAGUCGAGGUGCGACCACCAUCGUCGCCACCUCCGCCGUCUCCGUCUCGUCGCGUUUCUCCUUCGUCUGUCCCGUCGACCGCGGCACAUCGCCCGGACGAGCCACCGUCGUCGUCGUCGUCGUCGUGGCCUAUCACGUCGCAAUUUGCGAUUCACGCUCGAGACGCGGACAACACUAACCUCGUCGCUAAACCUCGGGAUUAUUAGCCCUCGGAUGUGAGGACAUCCGUCGAGCACGCGGAGUGCAAGGAAGACGAUGAUCGGGCCACAUCCGAGGGUUAAUCGAAGCGAAGAGGGCUGUACGGACUCGAAACAACUUCUCUCGCUGUUUAUUUCUUCUUUUGUUUCCAUCACGUUUUCUCCCUUUUUUUUCUCUUUUCCCUUCGCUUUGCCGUGCUUCGGGCUGAACUCGAUCGUGCUUCUUUGGUUGUCUAACGAAACGAACAUCGACGGCUUGCAAGUGAAAGCUAAAUUAUUCAAACGCGACGCGCGGAGGAUUGCUCGUUUUAAUCGACGACUAGAUCACCGCGGCUGAACGGAGCGAUUGUUAUUUUUGCAUACAAACAUUCGAAUACAUAAAGAGAGAGAGAGAGAGAGAGAGGUGAGGGAGAGAGAUAGAAGAGAGUGAAGCUUGCUUCGUGCGCUGUUAUACACUGUAAUCAAUUUAUAUCGUUUAAGACUUGAGAUUCGUGAUCGAGCGACAACUCGAUUAGCGGCAAUCAGGCGCUGCGCUAAUCUCGAAGCAAUUUCGACGGUUAUAUAAUUUUGACGAUUUCGAGGUGAAAAUGCGACAUCUCGAAUUGUAAAAGCGACCGAACGAACGAGCGAGCUCGACGCUACGAUUGACCCGGGCGUCGAUCGUAGUGAUCGACCGACGGGAUCCAACACGGAGAUUCGCGAUGGAACCUGGUAAACAAUCAACCUCCCGCGUGGGCGAGAGAGGGAGGGAGGGGGGGGGCAGAGGAGGGGUCGUUCUUACUUAAUUCUCGUUUGCCACAAAGUCUGAAAUACCACUAGACACGACAAUAAUGAGGAACACUCGUGAGAAAGAAAGAGAGAGGGAGAAAAAAAAAAAAAGAAAAGUAACGCACGACGCGCCGGACGUAGUGCGACCGGAUGUUUUGCGUGGAACAAGUGGAACUCCCGCCCGUUCGAACUAGCUCAGCAGCAACGGCUGGCCUAAGCGUAGUACAAAUUUUGCAGUCAAGAGUCUUAAUAAAAAGGCGCGAGCCGAGUGGGCCGAGAGAGUUUCCGGCAUAUAAUCUCAGAAGCUGACGAGCCGCGACGAGACGCGCCGAGCAACGCCGCCGUCGCGUCACUCGCGGGGGGGAAAGAGGGGGAGGGGGGAGGCAGGGUAGAGGGAAUAGUGUCGACGAACACGUUAGCCUACUCUCGACGGGGUACAAGCUUCUACGUUUUAUAGUACCGUAGAGUUGAGUGUUCCAUAACAGUGUGUAAGCUAGUUUUGUAUAUCGUAAAUACACGUGUACGAUAAAGCGGUGUCUGUGUCGGGUCUGACGGAAAAAGGUGAGCACUUCAGGGUGAGCAAAUGGCUUUCUUUCCAUCGACCUUCGUUGAUUAAUCUCCUCUCCGCCAUAAAUCUUUUCGAAUCGACAACGCAAAGCUGCAGUCUCGAAGUUCAAAUUCAAGAGAAGAAAGAAACCUCACUCUUUUGCAAGAGCGUUUCGAGCGAAUUUCGUUUGGAGGACUUCGGGGAUUCAACUCGAAAUACAAUGGUCACGGUGCCAAGAACGAAAAGCUCACGCGAAAUAUUCACGGGGAAACGUUGGGGAAUUCUGAAAGGGGGACGAGCAAACGACGAUGCACCGCGAAGGAAUUGAUCGACGGUGCGCGAGGUAGACGAGCGUAAUCAACGAUAGCGCCAAUCAGUAAUCUAACAGCGAUAUCGAUCGGGUGGACUCACCAACUGUAUACUAGACUACAGUUUCAGUAUAUCGUAAGAAUUAUCGUAAUAUAGACAAGAGAGGAAAGAGACAUUAACUUCGAGAUUAACUUCAAGCCCGACUGUCGGGGUGCGAUCGGCUCCGGGUAUUUCGCAAAGCUGGAAAACAGUGGCUGAGACUAUUGUUAUCACGAACUGAGAAAAACAGUCUAAUAGGCUAAUGACACUCCAUCUCGCCACAAAUUUCACUCCGAGGAGUUAGGGAGUCUGUUAAAAUACGGGCGGGUGGGUCUCUCUCUCUCUCUCUCUCUCUUUCUCCCGAUCGAAAGAGAGAAAGAGAGAAAGAGAGUGAGCGAGAGACGCUCUGCUACUUUUCUACGCGUGCUACGUCAGAUCCGCGUCUAGAUAUUAGACAUUAGGUAUCCUCAUAGGCAUUUAUAGACUUGUAAGCAUGUACGAGUAUAAAGAGAGACACACGUAGAGCCGUGUUAAAUAAUACAGCCCUAGAGCGUAGAGGUGUCUAUUGUUACACAGCGCGCCAGAGUCUACGUCUACUACGGCCCAAUUGGACUCGCGCGCGCGCGCCAAUUGGGCGAUAUCUUUACCGCUUUGAUUAAUUCGUAAAACGUCCCACGUCAAACGAUAAGGCGCGCGAUGACGCUCGUACACGAUAAUCGACCGAGAUGACAAUUGUUCGCGUUGCUCUUUAUAAACUUGGCGGCACGAGGUACACACUACGGGACCGACGGAAGCUUCCAAGGAGGAUGACUGGAAACAGUCCAUUUCUGGUCCGUUGACGGAACCUCAGCUAAUCGUUGAAAAACUGUUUCUGUAAUCUUCGGGGGGAGGGACAGAAAGUUACAAUUAUAUAUUUACCAGCUCCUGGGAAAAUUAUGAAAAUCGAGAUUCAAUAUUCUCUCUUCGAAAACGCAUUUGACAAACGUCGCCGCACGUCAUCGACUGGCGCACUGUGUGAGCAAAGAGGACUGCGUCAGAAUACGUAAGGAAUAGACCGAGUAAUUUUAGCUGCUCAGAGAAACGUAAAAUGCUUUGAAGGAAAUUUCGCGCAGAGGGAAGGGAGAGGGGGAGAAAAGCAAUACUAUGCGAGGCAAUAAUCUCGCCGACACACUCGGGAGGAACGCGGCCCGACGCGACGAACGAGUGCGGGGGAGAAGUUUGCGUCGAUUUUCCGUGCGAGAUUUCCAGGAGCAUUACUAUUACGUUAAGAACGCUACCUACGUACGUGUAUCGUCACCGUAUUGUAGUUUUUACUGUUAUUAUCAUUCGUACGAUUCUACGUGUUAGAAGGCGGCUGUACAUGAUAUAUACAUUUACCACGUUUGUAAUGAAAUGUCGAGAAAAUACGCGAUUUUUAUUUCGUGCGAGCGGGGAAUCGCGAUUCGCGACAGCGAUUUUGUCGGCUCUGCUUUCUACCGUCGCAAUGGCAAAUGGCCAUUUUAAAACUCGACAAGGUGCAGUGUAAUAUUAUAUCACACCGGGUUGAUACAUAAUUGAGAGAACGAGCGAGCGAGAGAGAGAGAGAGAAAAUGAAAGGAGAGAAAGAUUUAUAUGUAAAUUUUGGAUGUAUUAUCGUAUAUACUGUGAGAAUACUGCACACGCUGUUGAGUUUUAAAAAGAAAACCGCUGCUUGACUAAUUAUUUAUAUAGGCUCCUGAAUAAGCGAGAUAAUAAUGUAUGUAAAACGACGGUUGCUACUGGAAAAAAAUAUACAUAUAUUUUAUUGA